CCCAAAAGGCUAACCUUCUUCCUUCUUCAGUGGCUUUCAUUCCGAAAAAGGCAGUCCCAAAGGUUUCCCCUCUCCCGGCACUCACUUUUAAUCCAUCCAUUUCAGCUUAUCUCUGGCCUUCAAAUUUCUCAUCUUCCCGUUAAGUGAUUCCAUCUCUGGAGUUCUUUCCUCAUCUCUAUUGCUAGCUCUCUACAGGUCCAAAAGCUUUCAGACUCGUUGCAUUUAAAUUUGAAUACCCUUUGCAACCCCAUUCUCUUGGUCGGCUUUAAUGGCAGAGGUGGAGAUCCCAUCUUACUUCCUUUGCCCUAUCUCUCUCCAAAUCAUGAGGGAUCCAGUGUCUCUCCCCACCGGCAUCACCUAUGACCGCGACAGCAUCGAGCGGUGGAUAUUCUCCGGCAAGCACGACACGUGCCCCGUGACCAAACAGUACCUUCCGGACUGCGACCUCACGCCAAACCACACCCUCCGGCGGCUGAUCCAGGCAUGGUGUGCUCUCAAUUCGUCGAACGACAUCGAGCGGUUCCCCACACCGAAGCCGCCGAUCGACAAGGCCCAAAUCGCCAAGCUCCUCGACGACGCCAGGCUGCCUUAUCUGCAACUCGGUUCCCUCCGAAAGCUAAAAGAACUUGUCUCCGAGAGCGAGAGGAACCGGCGGUGCGUCGAGGCCGCUCCCGGCGUGGUCGGCAUCUUAGCUUCCAUCAUCGACAACAGCAGCUCCGGUACUCCUUCAGGUGAUCAAGACGGAAUACUGAUCGGCGAUGAUGAUGUGGAGUCUACUAAUGCUCGUGAUGAAGCUCUCAGCAUUCUUUACCUGCUUCAACUCUCCGAACAGCACCUUCUCGACCUUGCCGUCAGAAAUGGCGACUUCAUCGAGUCAUUAACAUCCAUUCUGCGGCAGUCGAACUACCGAUCGCGAGCUUACGCAAUAUUACUUCUCAAGUCCUUGCUCGGAGUGAUUGCACCGGCCCAUUUGGCUGGUGUUAGAGAAGAACUCUUCCAAGACGUUGUCGGCGUGCUUCGUGAUCGGAUUUCGCACCAGGCCAACAAAGCGGCAUUGCAAGUCCUUGCCGGGCUGUGCCUAUGGGGAAGCAACCGUAUCAAGGCAGCCAAUGCCGGUGCUGUGCCGGUCCUCGUUGAGCUACUGCUAGACGAGCCUGAGAGGAGGAUCUGCGAAUUGGUGCUCAUGGCGCUGGGCCGGGUUUGCGGGUGCGCCGAAGGGAGGGCGGAGCUGGUCGGCCAUGCGGCAGGCAUCGCAGUUGUGUCGAAGAAGAUACUAAGGGUCUCGGAGGUGGCGAGCGAGAGGGGGGUGAAGAUAUUGUACUCGGUGGCAAGGUUCUCAGCAACGACGGCAGUUCUUCAAGAGAUGCUGCAGAUUGGGGUGGUGUCCAAGCUGUGUUUGGUGCUCCAAUUUGAUUGUGGGAUGAAGAUGAAGGAGAAGGCCAGGGAGAUCCUUAGGUUGCACUCAAGGGUCUGGAAGAAGUCACCUUGUUUGUCUCCUCAGUUCCUCAUCUCGUAUCCUUCUUCAUAAUCGAGAGUCCUACAAAUUUAUGUACAUGAUUAUUGAUUAAUGGGCAUAGAUUCAUGUCCCUAAAGGCAGAAACAACAGCCAGAGAUUUUUU